AUGGAGCUCAGUCCACUCCCGGUGAUGCUCUUGCUGGUUUCACUGAUACCAGUGGCCCAUGUUCAAGGGAGAGUUAAAGCUGUGGUGUCCAUUCAGCCUGAUGCACAUGUGUUCAUUGGAGAGCAUGUUACUCUCAGAUGUGACACACAGGGAGGAGGAGACACUCAGCGGCCAUACAGCUGGUAUAAGAAUAAUAAUAGCCUCUACACAGCUGGAGGAUCUAUAACCUCAAAGGAGUUAAAUAUCUGGUAUGUUGGUGACUCUGACGGUGGUUCCUACACCUGCAGAGGACAGGAUUCAGAGAUCAGUGAUGCUGGUACACUGACUGUAUCAGAGAGACCACUGCCAGUACUGAGUGUAUCUCCACAGAGCUGGCUGACUGAAGGAGACUCAGUGACUCUAAGCUGUGAGGUUACAGGCUCCUCUACAGACUGGACAUUCAGCUGGUACACAACUGUUCUCUCCAGAUCCGGAUUAACUCAAAUAACAAAUAGUCGUGGCUAUAACAUGUCUGUGGAGCUCCUCUCAGACAGCAGCAGAGGAUCUGGAGGCAAAUACACUCUCAGUCCUGCUGCUCUGAAUCACACAGGAGUUUAUAUGUGCAGAGGAGAGAGAGGAGAACCAGCCUUUCACACACAGUACAGCAAUCCACAGCCUCUAUGGAUCACUGGUGAAUCUCCUCCAGUCUCUCUGAUCAUCAAUCCCAACAGAACUCAACACUUUACUUCUGACUCUCUCUCACUGAGCUGUAACUCUACUGACCAGAGUCGUUCUACUGGAUGGACAGUGAGACGAUACACACACAGUGAGGGAGUGUUAGAUUGUUCUCCAUGUAAAAUCAGCUCCCUCUCCACAUCCUACACUGGAGUUUACUGGUGUCACUCUGAAUCUGGAGAAAACAGGAAUCCUGUUAACAUCACAGUGCAGGAUGGUGCUGUGAUCCUGGAGAGUCCUGUCCAUCCUGUGACUGAGGGACAUCCUCUGACUCUACACUGUUUAUAUCGAAACCCAAAGCCCUCAAACCUCCGAGCUGAUUUCUAUAAAGAUGGAUCAGUCCUCCAGACACAGACUACAGGAGAGAUGAUCAUCCAUAAUGUCUCAAAGUCACAUGAAGGUUUCUACCACUGUAAACACCCAGAGAGAGGAGAGUCACUGAAAAGCUGGGUCUCCGUCAGACUGCUGGUUUCACUGAUACCAGUGGCCCAUGUUCAAGGGGGAGUUAAAGCUGUGGUGUCCAUUCAGCCUGAUACACAUGUGUUCAUUAGAGAGGAUGUUACUCUCAGAUGUGACACACAGGGAGGAGGAGACACUCAGCGGCCAUACAGCUGGUAUAAGAACAAUAAUAGACUCUACACAGCCGGAGGAACAAAGGAGUUCAAUAUCUGGUCUGUUGGUGACUCUGUCGGUGGUUCCUACACCUGCAGAGGACAGGAUUCAGAGAUCAGUGAUGCUGUUACACUGACUGUAUCAGGUCAGUCUGUGGGGGUUUUAGUGAAUCCUCAGAGCUCCGUCUACACUGGAGACACCAUCACUCUGAGCUGUGAGCUGCAGCAGGGGGCUGGAUGGAGGUUUCUCUGGGUCAAAAAUUAUCAGUAUCUGAACACUGGAGCGACAAACACCAACACACUCAAUGUGACAGUUGAUACUGAAACCGUGUAUCAGUGUAUCGCACGCAGGCGUAACGCAUGGGCAAACACAAACUACGAUACAGACUACAGUAAUGAAGUCAGGAUUACAGCAAGAGAAAAACCCAAACUGACUCUGAGCGUGAAUCCUCAGAGCUCUGUCUACACUGGAGACACCAUCACUCUGAGCUGUGAGCUGCAGCAGGAGACUAGAUGGAAGUUUCUCUGGUACAAAAAGAAUCCGAAUUCGCAGUUUGUGAACAUUGGAGCUACAGACACCAACACACUCAGAGUGACAGUUGAUACUGCAGGAGAAACCGUGUAUCUGUGUGGAGCACACAGGCGUAACGCACGGACAAACACAGACUACUACACAGCCUACAGUGAUGAAGUCAGCAUUACAGUAAGAGUCCCAGGAUUUAGAUCCAGUGGUGGAACAGUAGGAGUGGCUGUGGGUUUGGGAUUUUUGUUCAUCGCGUUACUGAUCUUAAUGAUCCUGCUGUGGUCCUACAAAAGAAAGAAAGAAAAGCAGCAGAAAACCAAUCAGACAUCAGAUCAGAAUCAGAGGCGGUCAGGAGCUGAAGAGACUCAGGCAGGAUAUACACCACUUCAGGCUGGAAAUGAACACAUUUAUGACACUGUGACUCAGGCAGAUACGAGUGGAACAGGUGCUGAUGCUGAACAAGGUGCAGGUGUUGGUGAUGUGACUUAUGCUGAGAUUGAACUAAAACAAACAAAAAAACUGAAGAAAGUAAAAGAGAAAGCCAGUCUGGGUGAUGAUACUGUAUACUCAGAGCUUCAACAGAACAGGAAGUGAGCUGAGUCUGUGCACGCUGACGAAGUGACAGUCAUCAAACAGAUCAUUGGAAAACUCAAUUGUGUCUGUCUUCUGUUUCUUCCUAAAAUGCUCAGCUGUUAGCUUUAAACUGCUGUUGUUAUGGUCUAAGCUUGGAUGAUGCCAAACUUGCCGGCAAUUUUGAGAACUUGCUCAUAUCAACCAUGCUCUGAUGAACCUGCAGAAGCCAAAACAUCAGGCUCUUACUGGAGACAUGUGUAAAUAACAGAGGUUCAGGCCAUGGAUCAAGGCAGUCUGAAGAGUUUAAUGCCCUAGCAUCCCAUCAAUGGGCUUACUUGCUCUUAUUAGGGUGAAAUCCCAGGAGAGUGUGACUUGCCUAAGAAGCUUUACUGACCAAAGAGGUUCUUCAUUCAGUUGCGAUUUGUUUUCUGAGGCCCAACCCCAGGAAACCACAGAAGGUGGCUGAACAGAUAUUAUUUGAGCAAUUCAUUACCCAUCUUUUAUGCUAAGUUUGUCAUUGUAUAGGUGCUUGUGCAGUAUCUGGACUUCCAGUUGGGCCAUGGAAAAGGGCAGCCUGCCUACAACUGGGGACCAUUUUGCCCAACAUGGUGUAAUGGGAUGACUGUUCAGUACAGCAGCACUAAAAAGGAAUGUUUGACUGGAUUUAACUGCACAGCUAUGCAAAAUGAAAGGCUAAACUAAAUAUGUCAAAGCUUCAAUGAACAGAACCUUUUCUUGAACUACUAAUGUCACCUUGAUGUAUAAAGACUCUCGUAACUUCUAGACUUAACUAUUGCAUACAGUAUAAAUAACUGGCUGUGGUGUUGUCUCUUUUAGAAAGCCUCAGCUAGUCCUUAUGAGAAAAGAACAAAGUGAGCAUAUUAUUCCAUUCUUAAUCUAGUUUGGCAAGAUUUUAAAUUCUACAAUGACUACAAAGUUGUUUCACUUUGGCAUACCUUCUUCAGAGACUCAGAUUGUUGGCGCGCCCGUGUCCAAGACGCACUAUUUAGAAUAAUGAACGCACUGUCAAGAGGGGCAGGGGCCAAUAUGGACGCGAGCAUUUUAUACCCUAUUUGGAACGUUUCGUGGCGUAUUACCAGUGUAGGAAAUGGGUGCCCGCCCCACCGCCCGUCGCGGUCAGUUUGCAGCAAGGGCGGAAUGAAUUUAUAAGUUGCCAGCCCCACGGGCGGUCCCUCUUUGAGGGGGUUCAUUGUUCUCUCGAUAUUUCAUCAUAUUGAAGGACUUUUCAAGACAUUUUUCACUAGAUUCUGUUGGUUUGUUUACUGACGUGGGUGCGGCCAUAUUGUUUUCGCUUAGAAAUGAAACGAGCGCUCUGAUUGGCUGUUGCUUCGGAGGUACAGCCAAUCAGAGAGCUUGAUACACACAGCUCAGUGAAAUCCACCCCAAGUCACAUCUAUGUCUGUGACUUUGAAAACCAGCAUCCUACCAUGAGUUUUGUCAAAAUAUCACAGAAAAUUGAUUGUUAAUUGUUCCAAAUAUCUGAAAAUGUUGUAUGACUAUCUUGGGAUAAAACCACCUGAACCAAAGACUUCUCAAAAACGAAAACAAACUGAAGAGAGAAAGAAAGCACAACAAAAAUAUGAUAAAGAUAAGAGAAGGAGAACUGUUGUGGGCAGUUGGAAGCAAGGAGUUUGACUGGCUGGUAUCUGAUGACAAACAAACUAUCUACUGUAAGGUGUGUAGAGCUGCAUAUGGGCCCUUGUCUAAACGAAAAACCCCAGAUAGACUUCGGAAAUAUGCCAAUGGAGCUUUUGUCACUGGUUCUAUCAAUCUGAAGCAUGAUGGUUUGGCUGAUCUCAAGCAACAUAGGUCACAUAUACAUUUAAUAUACAUAAACACCAGUAAUAAAUCAUAAAACUAAAUUGAAUAUAUGACAUUACAUGCAUGAUACAACAUUACAUGCAUUGCCUCUUUUACAAUCUUUCGAAAAUUAUGCGAUAUUACGGCAGAUUAUAGUUGAAAUUGGGGCAGGCAACUUUUGAGCAGGGCAGACAACUUUUCAGAGUUGCCUGCCCUGUGGUCUGGCUGAUAUUUUCCAUGAAUUUCCUACACUGGUAUUACUUGACUUCAUGGUCUCAAUAUCGAAAAUCUUGCACAAAUAUGCAACUUCCAACAUAAUUAUCUGGAUAUUCAACAGAUUUCAGCAUCGGAUGAAUUUGUUUUGACCGCCGCCAUAUUGAAUAUACGUCGGACCCGUUCGUGUAUUUACGCCGCCCCGUUUGUAGCGUCCCAAGCGAGUAAAACCUGAUCCAAGUCUUUCGCUAGGUGGCGUCUUACAGUGUAUGUACAAAUAUUUGAAAGAGACAAGAAAGCAUGGAUAAAAAAGAAAAAUACAUCUAUUUUGUCAUUCUUCAGCAGAGAGUACAUUCACCUGAAAAACCUGAUACCCCUGAUACCCAAGGUAAUUAGUCAUACUAGAUUUACAACUGUUGUAUCAUUAGUAUCAGACAUAAUUAAUUUUCAAACUUCAUAGCCUGAAUUUGAACCCAGGAUUGAAGAUUCAGCAUCCCAUCUGAUUCUCUGAAAUUAGAAGUAGAGAUGAUUAGAGACAAGCAGAAUUAGACCGUCACAGCAUGCAAAAAACAAACCCAUUCUUGUGCUAUAAUUUACAAGGAGGAGAUAAUACUCAUCUCAUUAUCUCUAGCCGCUUUAUCCUUCUACAGGGUCGCAGGCAAGCUGGAGCCUAUCCCAGCUGACUAUGGGCGAAAGGCGGGGUACACCCUGGACAAGUCGCCAGGUCAUCACAGGGCUGACACAAAGACACAGACAACCAUUCACACUCACAUUCACACCUACGGUCAAUUUAGAGUCACCAGUUAACCUAACCUGCAUGUCUUUGGACUGUGGGGGAA